CUGACAUCUGUGCAAGAGUGACUCCUCAUCCUACAGCAGAUGUAUUUCAGGCACCUGGGUUUUUUUCAGGAUUGACAAUGUACCUGCACUGGCUAAUAUUUUCCCUUGCCUCAAUAUGGCGGGGGUCAGCCUGCAAUUCAAGACAGUAUGCCGAAGCUAAAAUUAAGCUUUGGAAAGAUCUCGGCUUAGAAGACAAUAGCACUCAGAAUGAAAGAAUGUGGCCCCUGAUGUACAACUACAAAUACGAAUCCAAAUAUGCCGACCAGCCUGCAGACAUUCAUGUGGACAUAUAUGUGUCCUCCAUCACCAAUGUGAAUGAAAAAGCCCAGAGUCUCACAACACAGCUUAAAAUGAUAACUGUGUGGCCAAAUGUGAGAAUGAUGUGGAACCCAGCCAAUUAUUGUCAAAUUGAAACAUUUGCAGCCCCAAAAAAUAUGUUUUGGACUCCAGACAUUGGCAUAUUGGAAAGCAUCAAGACAGAGUAUGGAACAAAGGAGUCUCCAUAUGUGCAUUUGCGCUCUUCUGGAGUUACAAUCUCAACUGAUAUUUUUGCUUUGACCACGGCCUGCAAGAUGGAUCUCUACAGGUUUCCCUUCGACACCCAAAAGUGCAGUAUAACACUUCAGUCUGCAGUGUAUUCAGAUAAAGAGAUUGUAAUAAAAACAUUAAAUGCUAAUCAUAUUAUAAACAAGUCGAAGGAGAUCUUUGAGAGCCAGGGAGAGUGGAACCUCAUCAAUAUAAUUCACAGUAAUAAAACCACUUUUGAUGGUCUUGAAAGACUUAAAAUGCAUCAGCUGAUCUAUGAGAUCGAGAUAAAAAGGAGACCUGUACUGUAUGUCAUAAACAUUAUAAUACCAUCGUGUUUCUUACUUGUGCUGGACGUGAUCUCCUUCUUCGUUGACUCAAAGGCAGCAGACAAAGUGGCCUUCAAAGUGACUUUACUUCUGUCUGUUUCUGUGAUGCUGCUGAUUAUCAACAACACACUGCCCUCUACAGGGAGAGAAAUCCCUCUGAUUGGGGUUUACUGCGGUGUGAUCUUCUGUCUAAUUGGCAUCAGCAUAAUGGAGACCAUCUUUGUGAAUUAUCUGAAGUAUCAAGCAGCUAAGAAGAGAUCAGUGGAAACUACAGCCGAUCUUACUGGCCGAGAUGUUUGUGUAAGAGACCAGCAGAAUCCUCCAGACUCAUUUAGAGAUCAGAAUGAAGAGCAGAGUUGCACUCCCGACUGUCUGAAGCUGAUCCUCAAUGAGUGCCGACAGAUAACACCUCUGUCUUUGACCAAAAAGGCAAGAAUCAUAAAUGUGAUCUUCUUGACUCUUUACAUUUUCACUGAUAUUGUGUUCAUGUCUGUGCUUUGGAGUUAUUGGUAUAUUCCAUAAUGCUUAAAACAAUUAACUCGUCUGAGUUGGAUAAACUUAAAUUAGUUAAAUCAAAUGAACUUUUAUGAGUAUUUAGAACUUUCUUUAUCUUUUGAGUUCACAAUCUGAAUAGUUUAAUUUAAUUUAGACAAACUUAAAAUUUAACUAAAACUGGGAUUAUAUAAUGUAUUAUAAGUGUUAUAUAAUGUUUUUAUGGAAGAAUAAGGUUAAGUGGGAAAUGUUUUAUGUUUUGCUCAUUUUAAAUAUUUUCUGUUAUGUUGGAAUGUUUGGUGGAGGUAACAUUAUGUGAAGAGUGGAGCAUGAGCCUGGUUUGCUUUGAACAAGGAUAUGUAAUCCUUGCUACCUAAACAAGUCAGUAUAAGCAAUUAUUAUUAGUUCUUGAUAUUUUCACUUUCUUAAUAAAAAAAAAAACUUGCU